AUGAUGCAUCUGAGCUACGUCCUGCUUGCGGCUGCCCUCCUGGCCAGUGGUAACAGCGUUUCGGCAGCCACAGCAUCGACCUCCCAAGCGGCCACCACGGGCCGGAUUCAGUCCACCGACGCGGUUAGUGAGAACUACGGCCCGCGGAAUCUGCGAACGGCCCGAUUCGCAGAUGUUGACGACGAUGACAGCGAAGAAAGCGACGAUGACGACAGCGAGGAGACCACCAAGGAAGAGUGUAGGAACUUCUCGGAUUCCCAGAUUUCCAAGAUGCUGAAGGACACCAGCUACAUGAACAAGAAGUUCGAGAAGUGGAAUGAAGGCGGCUGGAGCUACUUCGACGUAUCUAAGAAAAUAAAGGACGCUGGGCUGCUGCCAAUACCUAGGAAUCUCAGACAGAUAAGCCAGACGUUAUGCAGGCUCGAAUGA